AUGCGUAGAAAAGUUGGUCAUGUAAUCCAGUAUGUAAAUGAUCGACAUGAACCGAUGAAGACGUUUCGAGAACACGCGCAAUUCUCAUUUUUGACGUUUGUGAAUGCAAUGGAACGGUUUUUUGGUACUGUAUUAGCAGCAGCUCCAGGCUUCAUUGUCUACGUCGCAACAUCAGUUCAAAAGCAAGAUCAUUUAACGCGGAAACCGGAAAUUCUCUACAAAUUCCACAAAAUCGUCAUCAUCGAUCUAAGUCAUGUUCCAUCUGUGGAUAAACAAGCACACAAUAAAUCCGUGGAGCACACCGAAGUCUACAGACUAGGUUGUCAGAUUUGA